GAAAUCACCACGUAUCAAUUGACCAGUACCUUUCUUGUUUGCGAUCGAAAAGGACAGUUUGCCCUCCGGUCCUACUCGUCCACUCUUUAUUCCUUCGAGGAUUUCAAUUGAAAAGUCCUACCAUCUCAGGGAGGCCCCUAGAAAAUGACCAACAUGCACCAAUGUUGCCACGAACAAGACGAUGACUCUUACGCAAGUGGCGCUGAGAAUCAUCGCCAGAACCUUGAUCGACUCAACAGAGAUGUUGCAUUUUACGACCAUAUCAAACAGAUCAUCAGGGGGAGUUAUGGGCCAUCCUUCGGUGGGCAUAUAUGCAUGCCAGGUCACGCGUAUGGCCUAGGCCACAAUGGCUAUGCCCAUGGACCACCGUACAACCCAUACGGUGGGCAUUAUGGACAUCCAGGGUUUUCAGGAUCGCGUGGUAAAAAGAGCUUCUACCCGCCGCAAUACGACAAUGAUUCCGAUUCAGGCGACGAAUCUCCAUCACCUUGGUACCCUUCUUCACCCCCUCCAACUUACGCGACCGGACCAUUGUACACGUCAGGGCGACCUCGACGGUCGCAAUGCGGCGGGCGGUAUGGCCGAGGGCCCCGUAACCCAUGGGCUGAUGCCUUUGAGCAUGACUACUAUCGCUACCCGCCUAUGCCACACUAUCUGUGUGCGGGACAUAAAUAUUGAGAUGAGACUUAUCAAUUAACUUCAAUAAACAAAACUACUCUG